AUGUUUUUGUGGAAUAAAGAAAAACAGAAGAAGGUUCAACCGGUGAAGAGGUCUGCUUUAGAAAAGCUGGAUCAAGGCAGAGCCAAAGAAGAAGAAGCAACGGAUACGAUAGUAAUGGUAGUAUCUUUAUUUACACUCGAUAAAAAAUCUUCAGUAAAAACAGUAGCGUCCAGAUCUAUCUAUUUACAAAAUUAAAUUGGUUAAAACUAUCAAAAUUCUGUACAAGAUUGCCGAGUGAGACUCCCAAUGACUCAAAUACACAGUUAAUUCGCUUUUUAAAUUCACCUAUUUUUUCUGAUUUCUCUAACGUUCUCAGGUGAUGAGUUCACAUAAGAGAACCGCUGUAACUAAAACUGCGUUUUAAGUUAUUAAUAGGUGGCCUUGGCUGCGUCAGUUUACCAAAAGAGUUACGCAAAUCAUAAUUUGUGCUUCGCUCGUUAAAUAGGUCCCGCAAGUUCAUUGGAGCUAAUUCGUUUGGGGAUUUAAACAUCAUUAUCAUCAUUAUCAUCAUGUCUUUGUCCUUAUUUCUAGUCUGUCCCAAUUAAGUAUUUCGAGAAGCAGGUUUUUGCUAGUAUCGUAAUCGGCCUUUAAAAUUACUCUGGCUUCUCGGUUCUGUAAUUUUUGUAGUUAAUUGCUUAACUGAGUACUUAACAUGUCCCAAACGAAGGUACAGUGAUCAAAGUGAGGUUGGAUCAGGGUGUUGUUAACUGGUAUGGCGGUAGAUUCGGAAGUAGAGGCCUGAUACGUCUAAAAAAACCUAUUGCGGAAGAUACCUUUCUACAAAUUUCGUCAACAUGCUAAUUAAAUACCAAAGUUAUUACACGAAGUCAUAUCAAAACUUGUCGGUGUUAAAAUUCUUAAAAAUGCGAGUUUCAACAGAGCAGUACGAAUCAACACGUUCAUAGCGUGUUUUUAUCGUCAUGAACACAAAUGAAUGAUUGCUAAUACCAAGAUGAACCAAGACCAAUCAGUGUUCGUGAUAUCGGUGUAAUCCUGGUUGGUUCAGAAAUCAUUUGACACAAUCCGUAAAUAUCAAAUAUGUUCGUCAAAUGCGACGAAGUAUGGUUGUUUGACCGAUCAUGCAACAUGUCACAAUUCAGGCCUCCGAGUAGGUAGAAAUCCUUGCGUUCUAAAUCAAUUUUAUCUACCGGGUUUUCAAAUCGAUCAACAAUUUCUUUUUGGGAACUUGGCGGUCUAUACCAUGCAUAUGCUUAUUAAAAAGGCCUGGAAUGCGGUCUGGUGAUUUCGAUAACAAAACUUUCAAGUUGGUCAUCUUUGAAGGCCUCCCAAACACGGUAAUUUAUGUUGUUUCGUAAAUAGACAUAUGCACCGCCAUUACAUCUCCUGUUCACGGUACGGUCCCUUUUAGCGACGUCAAAUACCGGUAGAUUUGUUUCUGAAUCACUGAUGUAACUAUCAAGCUCGGUCUCAUUGAUCGCUAAUAAAUCGAGUUUUGAACUACUCAUAAAUAUCUUAAGGUCGUCAAUAUGGGCGAGUAAACUAUUUAUAAUAAGUGAUGCCAUGACAAAACCGCGACCAAAUGCAUUAAAUUCCGGUUUCGAUGGUUUACCCUUAUUGCCGCAGGACUCCCUGGAAGGCAUACACUCAUUAGAUUCCCACUCGACAAUAUUCUAAUCUCCUCUUAAAUACUUAAUAAAGUAUGACGCCAGACGAGCAGUCCUCUGGUGUUCAAGAGGAGACCACUUCUAUUCAGGUCGUGAUCGACAGAGAUAUUUGAAUGGUCGACAUAUCCCCAGAAAUUCUGGUUGCAGAAUUUUCUUAGUAUCUUGUCUAAGCUAGAUAGAUAGAUUUAAUAUGGUCUCUCAUGUCCUGCAUAGAACAACCUGGAAAUGAAGAAAUUUUUCUUAAGCAGUACCGGAUAUUUUACCCCCUUGUAGAUUCUUCAAGAUGGAGUCUUCUAAUAUGAAAACUUCUCUUUGCUUGCGUUGUGUGGUCCUGGCUCCAUCAUCUGUAUUUGUAUUUUUGUUCGUGCAGUAUCUGGUUGGCUUGCUGACGAAGUUUUCGCUUGCGAACGUCUCCUGUUAACCUUUGUGUCUGUCGUAAGCAGAUUCCUGAACUCACCGGUCUUCUUUUUUCCAACCAAAAUAGAAUCAUCUUAGGGCUCCGUAUCGACACGGUUGUUAUGAGGUUGUGUGACCGAUGGGUUUUUAUACGAUCCUUUGGAAACUAUUUGGAGUGCUAGUUUGAGCGAAUCUCUUUCCUCUCGAGUACCUAUUAAUUCCUUCUGUGGCUCGAGGCAGCGAACUGUGGUGGCAUGUAACUCAUGCUGUAAGGCUUGGUUAUCUUUCUUUGUAGCAGCAAGUUCUUGCAAGGUAUUCGAGGUAUUUGUACUUUGCGAACAAUGCAUGCAGCUCCAAAUUUUUGUGAUUUAGGCUCGCAAUUCUUUAAUUUCGCUCAGAACGUCAGGAGGAUUAUAUAUGAGGAAGAUUAUAUCUGUAGCAAAUUGGAUGACCAACUAAGAAUUCCCUGUUUACAUAAAUGUUCUGUAUCCCACCUUAUUUCUAGAUGUACAACUCCAAAGAAAGAGAAGUUGUGGAGUUAGUCAUGGCGAAUUCACGAGUUACAAUUUGUGUUGCCUGAUCUAGAGAGAAAAAUACUGAUUUACUGGGAUAUUACAACAAGAAAAUCCAGUGUCGUCGACACAGAGAAACUAUUUGAGGGAGGUACUUAUGAUCAAGAUGAAAUCGGUGGAGAUGAAGACCUGGACAACACAACUGUUACACGUCCUUCUACCCAUAAAAAGUCAAUGGAGGAUGGAUUCCCUCUUGUUCUGAUGAAACUGAGAAUGGGCUUAUCAACUAUCGACCUUCCAGAAAGCUUUUUGUGUCACAGAGAGCACAAUAGAAAACAUAUUCCUUACCUGGAUUAA